AUAGGAUGAUCAAUAAAAAGCUAUCUUGGUUCUUGGAGGGAAUAGUGUACAGGGUAUCUAUUCAUUACAUCUCAGAAAGUUAUGUUGUAAAACAUCUACCCUCAGUUUAAAAAAAAGAGACUAGAGUGGUUGGUUUCUCCAACCACAAUUGACCGAUGUUUAAUGGGGAAGGACUUCUUUCAUCUUCCAUAAUUUCUCCAUGAAUAAAACAAUAAAUCAUAUAUAAGGUAUUAUCUCUCUGCUCUACAACUUGACCUGUUCUUCACCAUUGGAGGUCAUGGACGAGGUUGAACCUUCAAGAAAGGAUAAAUUGAAUCCCAACAAAGUCGAGGGUACUGAGCCUCAGCCAGAUGCUAAGAAUCAAGAAACACUUUCAUUUCUUAAGUUGUUUGCUGCUGCUGAUAGCAUUGAUUAUGUUUUGAUGUUUAUUGGAAGCAUUGGAGCUUCCAUACAGGGUGCUACUAUUCCUGUGUUUUUCCUAGUGUUUGGUCGUAUGAUCGAUUCCUUGGGAAGCUUAUCCUCAGAUCCUCAUAGAUUUUCUUCAGAAGUUUCCAAGUAUGCUCUGUACUUAGUCUAUGUUGGUUUGGCUGUUUGGCUGUCAUCUUGGAUAGGGGUUGCUUGUUGGGCUCAGACUGGGGAGAGGCAGACAGGCCGACUACGAGUUAAGUAUCUGGAAUCAGUUCUAAAAAAGAAAAUCGAGUUCUUCGACACAGAAGCAGGAGAACGAAACAUUCUUUUUCAUAUUUCUAGUGACGCCAUACUUGUACAGGAUGCAAUAGGUGAUAAGAUAUGCCAUGGAUUAUGUUAUCUUUCCCAAUUCCUGGUUGGAUUUACAUUAGGCUUUGCAUUGGUAUGGCAGCUGACACUUCUCACCUUAGCUAUAGUUCCCUUAAUAGCUGUAGCCGGAGGAGCAUACACGGUAAUUAUAUCCAGUCUGUCGAAAAGAGGCGAAGAGGCUUACGCCGAAGCAGGGAAAGUAGCUGAAGAGGUUAUCUCACAAGUUCGUACGGUUUACGCCUUUUCUGGAGAAAAGACAGCCAUUGAAGCAUAUUCAAGUUCACUGAAAAAUGCUCUCAAAGUCGCGAAGAAAACCGGUGUGGCAAAGGGUAUCGGAAUUGGAUUCACUUUCGGCCUUUUAUUUUGCUCUUGGGCGUUACUUCUUUGGUACGCGAGUAUCCUCGUUAGGCAUGGCCACGCGAAUGGAGGCAAAGCGUUCACUACAAUCAUCAAUGUGAUCUACAGUGGAUUCGCACUCGGUCAGGCUGCGCCUAACCUUGCUGCCAUCGCCAAAGGCCGAAGUGCUGUUGCAAAUAUCAUAAGCAUGAUCCAAGACGAUUCUACUACUUCCAAAAGUCUAGAUGAGGGGAUAGUAUUGCCCAAAAUAAAUGGAAGAAUAGACUUUUAUGAGGUCUCUUUCGCCUACCCUUCUCGACCAACAAUGGUUUUCGAAGAUCUGAACUUCUCAGUAUGUGCUGGUAAAUCCUUGGCAGUUGUUGGUCCGAGUGGCUCUGGGAAGAGCACUAUUAUCUCCAUGAUUCUACGGUUCUAUAAUCCGACUUCAGGUAUGAUUUUGUUGGAUGGACUUGACCUCAGUACGCUUCAGCUGAAAUGGUUAAGAUCGCAGAUAGGAUUGGUUAGCCAAGAACCGGCGCUGUUUGCCACCUCUAUAGCUGACAAUAUCUUGUUCGGUAAAGAAGGCGCAGACAUGGAUCAAAUCAUCGAGGCUGCGAUAGCUUCAAAUGUGCAUUCUUUCAUUCAAGGUUUACCUGACGGCUAUCGUACUCAGGUAGGGGAAGGCGGGACUCAACUUUCAGGAGGUCAAAAGCAGAGAAUCGCCAUUGCAAGAGCUAUAUUGAGAAACCCGAAAAUACUACUCUUGGAUGAGGCGACAAGUGCUCUUGAUGCAGGUUCGGAAUUCAUCGUUCAGCAGUCGCUGAACUCGGUCAUGUCGCAGAGGACUACAAUUAUCGUUGCCCAUAGAUUAUCUACCAUCCGAGACAUCGACACAAUUGUUGUUCUGAACAAUGGUCGUGUGAUCGAGACGGGAACCCACAGCGACUUGAUGUCUAAGGCUGGCGAAUAUGCAUCUCUGGUUAGUUUACAAAUAUCAGAACACGCAACAGCGCCUACCUUUGACAAUGCAGCAAGAACUCCGGUAAUUUGUAGUGCUCAAGUGUACCCGUACACUGAAAGCUACCCACAACAGUCGAAGCCAGUCGCCGUUGCAAAGGUGCAUAAGAAUAAUGAAGAGGCUGUGCGGCAAAGCCCGGUUUGGGAAUUGAUCAAGCUCAAUGCCCCCGAGUGGCCCUGUGCAUUACUCGGAUCGAUAGGUGCAAUUCUGGCCGGCAUGGAAGCUCCUCUCUUCGCACUUGCUAUAACACAUAUCUUAACGGAGUUCUAUACCCAUGAUGAUGCUCGAAUCCGACGAGAGGUGAGGCAGAUCUCCUUCAUACUUGUCGGGGCAUCAGCAGUGACCGUAUUAAUCUACUUGCUACAACACUAUUUCUAUACCUUAAUGGGAGAACGCCUCAUUGCUCGGGUUCGCCUGCGAAUGUUCACAGCUAUCCUCUCGAACGAAAUUGGUUGGUUCGACAAAGAUGAGAAUAGCACUGGUUCGCUGGCAUCAAAAUUAGCAACAGAUGCCACGCUAGUACGCAGCGCUAUUGCUGAGCGAAUAUCGACAGUCGUCCAAAAUGUAGCACUGGCUGUGACAGCAUUCGUCAUAGCCUUUAUACUCAGUUGGCGUAUUGCAGCUCUCGUCGUUGCAACCUUUCCUCUGCUCAUCGCGGCAAACAUAGCUCAGCAAAUAUUUCUGAAGGGGUUCGGAGGCGAUUAUGUCAGGGCAUAUCACCGAGCUACUGAGGUUGCGCGCGAAGCCAUUGCUAAUAUACAUACCGUAGCAGCAUUUGGAGCUGAAGAGCAGAUAGCUACCAAGUUCGCAUCCGAAUUAGAGCAGCCGAGAAAGAGAGCCCUUCUCCGUGGACACGUUUUGGGUUUUGGAUACGGCAUAUCACUGCUUUUCGCCUACGCUUCAUACGCUCUUGGCCUGUGGUAUGCAUCUGUCCUGAUUCGCGACAAGAAGUCUGAAUUUGGUAACAUAAUGAAGUCCUUCAUGGUGUUGAUUAUAACAGCAUUAGCCGUGGCAGAAACGCUGGCGCUCGCGCCUAACCUGGUGAAGGGAUCGCAAGUUCUUGAAUCAGUCCUCGACAUUCUUAGAAGGAAAACAGCCAUCGAUCCUAACCUGUCGACACCCCCUGUAGCCGAUAUGCAAGGAGAUAUUGAGUUCAGGCAUGUAAGUUUUCGGUACCCAACCAGGCCUGAUGUCACUGUUUUCCAAGAUUUGAACCUGAGAAUUCCAAAAGGAACAAGCAUGGCGAUCGUAGGCCAAAGUGGCUCAGGAAAGAGCACCGUGAUCUCUCUUCUGUUAAGAUUUUACGAUCCCAACUCCGGAACAGUCCUGAUAGACGGAUCCGAUAUCAAGAUGGUGAAUCUAAAGUCGCUGCGGUCGAGAAUAGGCCUCGUGCAGCAAGAGCCGGUGCUGUUCUCCACGACUAUUUACGAAAACAUCAAGUACGGGAACAUUAACGCCUCAGAAAUCGAGAUAAUGAAGGCAGCUAAAGCAGCAAACGCUCAUGGAUUCAUCAGCAGAAUGCCGGAGGGGUACCAAACAAAAGUCGGCGACAGGGGAGCGCAACUGUCAGGAGGACAGAAGCAAAGAGUCGCAAUCGCAAGGGCGAUACUUAAGGAUCCAUCGAUCCUUCUCCUCGACGAAGCAACAAGCGCUCUUGAUGCAGCGUCGGAAAUGCAGGUCCAAGAAGCCCUUAACAAGCUCAUGGAAGGAAGGACUACCAUUCUGAUAGCACACCGGCUGUCGACAGUUCAGGACGCAGAUGCUGUCGCGGUGCUGCAGGACGGAAGAGCCGCCGAAUGCGGCAGCCAUGAAGAGCUCCUUAGCAGAGCUGGAAGCAUUUAUUUUCAGUUAGUACAGCUGCAGCGUAAUGAGAGGUGAAGAGAUGCUGGAAAUUAUUUUCAGAACCUGUCACUCAAUCCAUGUAACUUAAAAAAUAUACAUACAUAUAUAUAAAAAAACUUUAAGGCACACUUCUAUAAGUAGAAUUGAGAGUCAAGCAUAUGAAAUUAAG